GCUAAGACUUGACGUCACAGGUCAAAGUUGAAAUAGUUGGAUAACGGAAACACUUUCGGUUGUGUAAGGUUAAAGCAGGGCAUCAUCUGGCUGUACAGCUAGCGAAUUGUUAUGAAGGCGGGUGGACUUGGACAUCAAAGAUGCUUCUACCAUCUCUGCGAGCUUUCGUGUCGUGUGGCUGUAGAACAGCCGGGAAAAGACUACAACAGGGGAAUUAUCAGCGGUCUCCGCUGAGGCAGUGGCUGGUGAGGAGGGAGAAGUCCACAGUCAUAGCAGAGGCCGGUGCUACACCGACGCCGGCUGCAGUAUCGGUGCCUAACGCAGCCACCAAUCGCAUUGUCGGAAGAUGGCUGGUGGGUUGCAGCGGGUUGGUGGUGGGGGCAGUCGUACUGGGGGGUGUCACCAGGCUUACGGAGUCGGGCCUCUCUAUGGUUGACUGGCACUUGGUAAAGGAGAUGAAACCCCCUCAAUCGCAGGCAGAAUGGGAAGCAGAAUUCCAGAAGUACCAGCAGUACCCAGAGUUUAAGAUAAUGAACCACAACAUGACCCUGACGGAGUUCAAGUUCAUCUUCUACAUGGAGUGGGGCCACCGGAUGUGGGGUAGGCUGGUGGGGCUGGCCUACAUCCUGCCCACGGUCUACUUCUGGAGGAAGGGCUACUUCACACGCUCCAUGAAGGGCCGCGUGCUGGGUCUGUGCGGCUUCGUCUUCUUCCAGGGCCUGCUGGGCUGGUACAUGGUGAAGAGCGGACUGGAGGAGAAGCCAAACUCCUACGACAUCCCACGGGUCAGCCAGUACCGGCUGGCAGCCCACCUGGGCUCGGCCCUCCUGCUGUACUGUGCCAGCCUGUGGACUGGGCUCUCGCUAAUGCUGCCCACCCACAAGCUUCCGAACACACGGCAGCUCACUGUUCUCCGGCGGUUUGCAGCAGGGACUGGUGGCCUAGUGUUCCUCACCGCCCUCUCAGGAGCUUUUGUGGCGGGGCUGGAUGCAGGCUUGGUCUACAACUCCUUCCCCAAGAUGGGCGAGCGCUGGUUGCCUGACGACCUGCUGGCUUUUUCCCCAACACUCAAGAACUUCUUUGAGAACCCCACCACAGUGCAGUUUGAUCACCGCAUACUGGCAAUCGGCACCGUGACGGCGAUCACGGGCCUUUUCCUGUACUCUAGGAAGAUGCGACUGCCCCAGAGGGCCAAGAUAGCCAUCAGCUGCCUAACGGCCAUGGCCUACUUACAGGUGGGUCUUGGUAUCAGCACCCUGCUUCUGUAUGUGCCAACACCCUUGGCUGCAACACACCAGUCUGGAUCUCUGGCGCUGCUCACACUGGCGAUCUGGGUUCUGACAGAACUGCGGAGGGUGGCCAAGUGAGUCGCAGGACCCUCCUCCAAGAGACUGCCACAAAAAACACUGUCAUGGAGACAGAUGUCUGUCUCACAGCAAGAUUUCCCGCAGUUCUUCUGGAACGGCCUCCCCAAAAUAAUUUUUCAUUUGGGUUGUGUAUAUUUGAGUUUGCAUUCCGCUGUUUCAUUCAGUUUACUUGCGAAGUAGAAGUUUGGACUGCUCUGAAAAUUUUUGUUGUGGGACUUUUUUUAGCUCUCGCCAGCAGAUGGCGAACUUGUUCAAAAAUUUGUCCAAUGACUUGCAGACACACCUGAUGCAACAAGAAGUGUCCCCCAGGACUAAAGAAUCUGACUGCUUAAUGGCUAAAUGAAAUGAGCAGUCAUGGGAGAUUACAGAGCACUUUUUAUUGCCUGCUUUUAAUUAUGGUUAUGCUGGUUAACAAGCAUAGUUUGCCCAGGUAUCACAGUGAGGGUGUUUUUGCACUACAUAAAGACAUGCAUUUAAAUUACAGUGCAGAAAUUUUCAUGGGCUUGCUGGUGUUAGGGAAGUGGGUCACAUAAUGACAGAUAGCAGUUUCCAUAUUCACAAAUGGGGCAGAUUUGUUAGGUGUGAAGUCAGAAGUGUAAGGGUGUACAGUUAAAUUAUUACUGUUUUUUAUGCCUUUGCUUAAUCUAAAAAAUGUCAUUAACUGUGAUAAAUAAAUUUAUGUAAU